AUGGCACCGGAUCGAGGAUCCAGCUCUCUGGAGAAUGAAAGAGCUCGAUAUCAGAAUAGGACGGAUGACGAUACGCCUGGCCACAGUGAUGCUGUAGCUCGUGACUACCUUGUCGACCCAGCUUCGCAACCGCAACACUUGACAGUGCGAGGUGUUUUGGUAGGCUUGGCAAUCGGCGUGGUCAUUUGUUUCUCCAACAUGUACUUUGGUUUGCAAACCGGAUGGGUGUCCAGCAUGGCCAUGCCUUCUGCUCUGAUUGGAUUCGCAUACUUCAAGGUCGUUGCAAAGACGCUCAGGAUUCCCUUUACGCCGGUGGAAAAUGUCUUGGUGCAAUCGGUUGCUGGGUCAGUCGGGACGAUGCCUCUGGGCUGUGGCUUUGUCGGCGUCAUUCCAGCUCUGAACUAUCUGCUGAAGCCAGAAGAAAAUGGACCGCUAGAUAUAAGCCUGUGGAGGCUCAUCAUUUGGUCGGUUGGAAUUUGCUUCUUCGGUGUCGUUUUUGCUGUACCGCUUCGGAGAGAGAUGAUUAUCCGGGAGAAGCUCAAAUUUCCAAGUGGAACUGCAACUGCGCUUCUGAUCAAGGUGCUUCAUGGUGACGAGAAGUCAUCGAGUCUAAAAGCGGCCGAGAGGACUCAGGCUGGGGAUGAACAGGAGGGAGGUGAAGAAUCACAGGGCUUGCUGCAACACGCAAGUUCUCAGCCGCAGGUGCACAGUCCGAGGCCAUCGCUGGAUGACCAUGUACAAAGGCAGGAAGAUGAGGAAGAUUUGGGUUCAGAUGGAGACUGGAAAGGAAAGAUUCGACUACUUAUCAUCUCCUUUGGUGUCUCUGCACUCUACACCGUCCUGUCCUACUUCAUCCCGCAACUCCACGACAUCCCCAUCUUCGGACUUCCGCUGGCGCAAACCUGGCUCUGGACUCUGAACCCUUCCCCAGCCUAUGUCGGCCAAGGCAUCAUCAUGGGCCCGGCAACAACACUGCACAUGCUUCUUGGCGCUUUCAUCGGCUGGGGCAUCCUUUCGCCGCUCGCAAAGCACAAAGGUUGGGCCCCAGGACCCGUCUCGGACUGGACAAACGGGUCCAAAGGCUGGAUUGUCUGGAUAUCCCUCGCCAUCAUGCUCGCCGACUCGCUCGUCAGUCUGGGCUGGCUCCUCUUGCGGCCCCUCGUCGCCCUCGGACGAGCCUACUACCCCAGCCUAACACGAACCUUCCGAUCCCAUACCUGGAAACAACUCUUCACCCUCGACCUCUCCACCCCUCCCCACUACACCGCCCUCGCCCCCAUUUACUCCAACAACCCAUCCAAAUCCCAACCCCCCUCACCCGACGUCCCUGCCUCCCAACUCAUCCCACCCCGCACUACCUUCAUCUACCUCGUCCUCUCCCUCAUCCUCUGCAUAACCGGAAUCCACUUCUCCUUCCCCUCACUCAUCCCCCUACCCCUCACCCUCCUCUCCCUCGUCCUCGCCCUCCUCCUCUCCAUCAUGGGCGUCCGCGCCCUCGGCGAAACAGACCUCAACCCCGUCUCCGGCAUCUCCAAACUCACCCAACUCCUCCUCGCCCUCGUCACCCCUUCGUCCCCAGACCCGGCCACCGGCCCUCCAAACAACGCAUUCAUCAUCAACUUGUUCGCCGGCGCCGUCUCGGAAUCAGCCGCCUUCCUGGCCGGCGACCUGAUGCAGGAUUUCAAAUGCGGUCACCUUGUCGGUGCUUCCCCUGCCGCCCAGUUUUACGGCCAGAUGAUUGGCAGUGCUGUUGGUGCCGUUGUCUCUGCUCUCGUCUACAAGCUUUAUACCCGUGUGUAUACUAUUCCUGGUGGCUUGUUCGAGGUCCCUACUGCCUAUGUCUGGGUUUUUACAGCGAGGUUGGUGACGGGGCAGGGGUUGCCGCCUAUGGCGGUGCAAUGGGCGGGUGGUGCGGCGGUGGUGUUUGCGGUUGGGACGGCGGUGCGGGUGUGGGGGGGUGUGAGGAAGGCCCGGGGGAAGGGGGGCGGGUGGGUGGAUUUUGUGCCUGGCGGGGUUGCUGUGGCGGUUGGCAUGUAUAAUACUCCUUCCUUCACGCUCGCCCGCACCAUUGGCGGGCUACUUGGUCUGUGGUGGAGGCGGUGGAAGGGAAGGAGCGAGACGCCAAUCAUCGUGUUGGCGAGUGGUUUGAUUCUAGGCGAGGGAUUGUUUAGCAUUUUCAACCUUUUGCUUGCAAGUCUAGAGGUUCCUCAUCUUUGA